CGGCGGCGCACGCUAACAUGGCCGCGUUGGUGCUGAGAGGUGUCCGGGAGCUGGAGAAGCGUGUGGAGUUCCUGACGGCCCCGCGGAGACAUCGACAUAAGAAGAAAUGGGCUGCCACAGAGCCCAAAUUCCCUGCCACUCGACUGGCUCUGCAGAAUUUUGACAUGACCUACAGUGUGCAGUUUGGGGAUCUUUGGCCAUCUAUCCGAGUCAGUCUCCUCUCAGAGCAGAAAUAUGGUGCACUCGUCAAUAACUUUACCGCUUGGGAUCAUGUGAUUGCUGAGCUGGAGCACCUGGGUGCCAGGGACUUUGUGAAUGAAGCCUUCUCCCACUGGGAACUGGAACAUGAGAGUGGCCAACCUGCAGCGCCAGCCCCAGCCCCAGCCUCCUGGGCCUGUAGUCCGAACCUUCGAUGCUUCACUUUUGCCAAAGGGGAUGUCAGCUGCUUCCCUCGUGCAAGGCUUGGCAGCCUGGGUGUCCUGGACUACUACCUGAUGGAUGCUGCCUCCUUGCUGCCUGUCCUAGCCCUUGGCCUGCAGCCCGGGGACACUGUGCUUGACCUGUGUGCAGCCCCCGGGGGAAAGACAUUAGCGCUGCUUCAGACUGGCUGUUGCUGCAAUCUCGCUGCCAAUGAUCUCUCCACUUCCCGAACAAGCAGACUACAGAAGGUUCUUCACAGCUAUGUGCCUCAAGAUAUCAGGGAUGGGACUCGAGUUCGAGUUACCUCAUGGGAUGGCAGGAAGUGGGGAGAACUGGAGGGAGACACGUAUGACCGGGUGUUGGUAGAUGCGCCCUGUACCACAGACCGCCACUCCCUUCACGAGGAGGAGAACAACAUCUUUCAACGGUCAAGGAAGAAGGAGCGUCAGACGUUGCCUCUGCUGCAGGUGCAGCUUCUUGCGGCUGGACUCCUUGCCACCAAACCAGGAGGCUACGCUGUCUAUUCUACCUGUUCACUCUCACACUUACAGAAUGAAUAUGUGGUGCAAGGCACCAUCGAACUCCUGGCCAAUCAAUAUAGCAUUGAAGUACAGGUUGAAGACCUAACUCACUUCCGAAAGCUCUUCAUGGGCACAUUCUUUUUUUUCCCAUCCUGCCAGGUGGGGGAGCUGGUAAUCCCAAACCUCAUGGCCAAUUUUGGGCCUAUGUACUUUUGCAAAUUGCGUAGGCUGACAUAGCAUCACCUUGUCCCUAAGGCACUGGUGUAGGAAAACAAAGGGUAUACUCUGUUGGAGGGUACCGGAAACUGAAACCAGUGGCAGAGAUGUACUCUGGGUCCUGUCUGUGUCCUGUUCAAAUUUUUCUGCAGACAGUUUUCAGCAGAGGAAGUAGGAGUUUUUCUGUCCUGCUUUCUAGUUAUGGACCAUCAGCAGGUUUCUAACCCAUUUAUGCCCUACUCCUUACCUGUCUCCACGCCUUUGCUAAAGGUUCCUGCCCCAUUGGGGGCUUAGGAGGAGGAGCCAAUGAGCCUGGCCACAAAUGAAGCUGGAAACUUGGGAAGAAGCAUUUCGUCAGUAAAAUUGUUGAAGCUCUAUAGACCUGGUACUAUAGUUGGAGGCCUCAUGUCAAUCCAAGUACUGUUGGUUCCAUUUGUACCAGCAGCUGCUGCUUAGCACAAGCUCCUAGGAUUAGCUGCCCAAAUCCCAGAACCUCAGGCUCGUUACAGGCCUCUGGUUACAGAGCCUCCCUCACACUUGGUGUAUUCCACCUGACCAGCCUUGAGCAGUCUAUAGGCCCAAACAAGCCUACCUAGUUUCUCCAUAUGGCCCAUGAUCUAAUUUAAGGAACAAGUAACUAAAAAUGUUAAGCCCGUGUAUAAUAAUCUACUUACUUACUCACACUGAGAAAGCUCCGCUGAGCUGAAUAAUUCCACCAGUUCUUCCUGCUGUCACCACCACUGCUGCCAAAUGUGACUGAGAAAGCUGCUCCUGCCGCAGGGCUGCCGUACUCUUUUGUGUGUUUCCUCCUUUGUUCAUUCAUCUGGCAAGUAUUCCUUAGCUCCUGCUGUUUGACAAGUAGCUAGAAUACUGCUGGAGAUGCAGCAAUUGAGAUUGCAGGAGAUAAUCAGGCCUCCUCAUUCUUCGGAACAGCAGAUUGCAUCCUCCUGCUUUCUGAACACCUUGGAAUCUCCAAAUGUCUUUGGUUUUGUUUUGUUAUAUAUUUACAUAUACAUAUAUAUAUGGUUUUUUUUUUUUUUGGUUCCUGGUCUGUGACUGAACUCUAGUGCCAGUACUUUGGCCACCCUCAAAUCCUUCAGAACUUUUACCUCCGCGUCAUGGGGCCUCACCUCACACAGUGUGUGUUCAGGGACAACAUUACAUCAUUUACUGACUGUAUGCUAGUUAUGUUGUUUUUGUAAUUUUAGCCAAAAAAAGGUAAUCCUUUAGUGGCAGGGAUAUUAAAAAAUACUGUGGUCACUUGCGGAUACUGCUUUUUUAUUUUAAAAAAAUCUUUUGUUUUUAAACUGGCGCUUGUGCAUAAUUUUAGAAUACUUGAUGUUUUCCUGGCUCUUUCUAUUUCUCUUAUCCCUCUUCUUCCUCUUUCUGCUACUCCCUUUGUCCUUUAUGCCUUUCCUGCUAAUUUUGUUUGGGUAUUAGAGGUGUCAGCUGAGAAGUACUUUAGAUGAGGUUAAGCUUUCUCCUUUCUUGGGAUUUGCAUUUUAACUAAGGGCCCUGGAAGACCUUCCAGACUUGAGGUCAAGUGAAGCCAGGAGCCCCAGGGAGCGUGGUUAUUGCUCUGAAUAGGACCCUAACCAGCCUGCAUGUAUGGCAGGUGAUCCCUGUGCUGGGUAUUUGCUGAGACUGGGAGGCCUGAGAUACCUGUGCUUUUGCCCUUGGCUUCCUAGGUGUCCAGCCUGUGCUAGUAGAAUGCUAAGCAGUGGUAAUUCAAGAGGAGAGAGUCUCCUGCCCCUGGACUCUCAGUCUAACUGGGGAUAGACAAACCCAGAUUAGAAAAUCAGGGAACUACUUUGGAAAACUCUUUGAAUCAUCUCCUGUAAUUGAACAUUCACCUACCCAACAACCCAGUCAUUCUAACACUAGGGAUAAAUCCAAGAGAAACUCAUACAUGUACAAGAAUGUUUGUAGUAGCCCUGUUCACAAGAGCAAAAACCUGGAAACAAUCCAAAUGCCCAUCAGCAAGAGAGUGGAUGAAUAAACUGGAGUAUUCCCACAAUGAAAUAUUAUACAGCUAUCAAAACAAAUGAACUAUACUGAUAUAUAACAGUAUGGAUGAAUCUUAGCAAUAAAACAUUAAGUGAAAAAAGUAAGUCCCAAAAGAUUAAAUGUAGCAUGAUGCCUGUUAUGGAUCAAAUUGUCCCCUAAAAAUAUGUGGUGUAAAUCCUAACCCCUAUACCUAUGGAUGUAAUCCCACUUGGGAAUAGAGUUUUCUUCAUUGUGUUAAUGAGACCAUAUCAGUAUAGGGUGUAUUUUAAACAAAUCAUUUUUGAGAUAUAGCAAGAGCAGAUUAGGCACAGAAGCAAAGAAGCCCCAAGGCGGAAGGUAGAUGACAUGUCCAACACAUGAAGAUCACCAAGGCACGGAAGCUAAAAAGAGACAAGGACUUUGCUUCAGAGCCGAC